AAAAAAAAUGAACAAAUGCGGACACAGUACAGGAGAUGACCAGAGACUGCGAACAUACAACGGCGGCGGGAAUACCGCUCCAUAAUACGCACAGACAUUUCCCCAAGUGUGUCUUAUGCAGCGAAGUAGUGCCCCAUCAUUGGUGUCAGUGGGAGGAAUAGUGCCCCAUCAUUGGUGUCAUGGGGGGAGGAAUAGUGCCCCAUCGUUGGUGUCAGUGGGGGGAGGAAUAGUGCCCCAUCGUUGGUGUCAGUGGGGGGAGGAAUAGUGCCCCAUCGU